CAAACAUUCAACUAAAAUCUGAAUUUUAUGGUAUCUCUUUAAAAAGUUUAAUCCAAAAUUCGAAUUGAGAUUGUUGAAAAAACGACUGUCUUGUUUUUGAUUAACACAAACUUAACCACAGACACGCCAGACGGUUAAAACAAAUGUAGUGCUCUGAAUUAAGUCUGGAUUUUGGAUCGCUCCGAGUGAAUUUUAUGUUUUGUCUCAAUCUAAUCAGCGAAGAAACGUCAUAACUUCACACGUCAGCCGGAAUUGUAUGCUCAUUGGCCGGAAGGGUAGUGAAGGUUUAUCUAAAGAUUCAAUUGGUUUAUGUUGAAAAAUUAAUUUUUUGAGCCCUUGUCAUUAUGGUACUUAUAGCGGCAGCAGUCUGUACGAAAGCAGGCAAGACGAUCGUGUCCAGGCAGUUUGUCGAAAUGACCAAGGCACGUAUUGAGGGUCUGCUUGCAGCUUUCCCGAAACUGAUGACUUCUGGGAAACAGCACACUUUCGUUGAGACAGAUUCAGUGCGAUACGUAUAUCAACCACUCGAGAAGCUGUACAUGUUGCUAAUCACCACCAAAGCGAGCAAUAUCUUAGAAGAUUUGGAAACGUUGCGAUUGUUUUCAAAAGUGAUUCCCGAGUACUGCCGCACUCUGGAGGAGAAGGAAAUCAUCGAGAAUGCAUUUGAUCUGAUAUUCGCUUUCGAUGAAAUUGUUGCUUUAGGGUACAGGGAAAGCGUAAAUUUGUCUCAAAUUAAAACUUUUGUCGAGAUGGAUUCGCACGAAGAAAAGGUGUACCAAGCAGUCCGGCAGACACAGGAGCGCGAAGCGAAACAGAAGAUGCGCGAACGUGCUAAGGAGCUCCAGCGUGCACGAAUGGAACAGAAAAAGGGAGGGUUGGGUGCCAGCGGUCGUCCGUAUGGCGGCGGAAGUUCCGAGGGUUUUGGCAACAACUCAAGUGGAGGCAUUUCUAAUCAUUCCUCAAUAACGACCCCUUCGAUUGGUAUUGGCGAGAUAAAACCAGCAGCGACUGCACCUAAACCGGUCGCUGCGAAGAAUGCUCUUAAAUUGGGAGGGAAAACUCGCGAUGCGGAUACAUUUGUUGAUCAGCUGAAGAGUGAAGGUGAGAAAGUGACCAGCAAUCCAACGCCGUCAGCUCCUUCGGCAGUGGUCAAGGCCAAACCAUUAUCUGAUGUUCCAAUGGAUGACAUUCAUCUCCGUCUUGAGGAUAAAAUUGUUGUUCGGAUUGGUCGUGAUGGUGGACUGCAAGGAUUUGAGUUAUCUGGAUUGCUUACUCUGCGUAUUUCGGACGAAAAGUAUGGCAGAAUCAAGGUACAACUGGAGAAUACAGAUCAGCGAGGUAUUCAGUUGCAAACCCAUCCUAAUGUGGAUAAAGAACUAUUUAAAAACAAAAAUCAAAUUGGACUUAAAAAUCCUGCUAAACCAUUCCCAAUAAAUACGGAUGUCGGCGUGCUUAAAUGGCGUUUCCAGACACAGGAUGAAUCUGCUAUUCCGUUAACUAUCAACUGUUGGCCUUCGGAGAACGCAGAAAGUGGUUGUGAUGUCAACAUUGAGUACGAGCUGGAGCAUCCACGACUUGAGCUCCACGAUGUAUGCAUCACAAUACCGUUACCAAUGGGUAUAGCUCCAGUAAUAUCGGAAUGUGAUGGCGACUACCAUCACGACUCCCGGAAGAAUAUUCUCCAGUGGAACCUAUCGGUCGUUGAUGCAUCCAGCAAACGGGGUUCAAUGGAGUUUUCGGUACCUAACUCGAUUCCGGGCGAUUUCUUCCCAUUGGAUAUAUCAUUUUCAUCGAAAAUUCCCUAUGCCGAACUGACGCCUAUGAAGGUGCAACUUGUUGAAGACGGAACGGAUGUCAAAUUCUCGACGGAGACAUUGUUCUAUACCGAUAAGUAUGAGAUUGUGUAAAUCAAUCAACCCAUUUUUGCCAACUUUUGCUCGUCUAUACGCAAUCCAGAUAUCGUUAUUGUUAAUUUUAUCUUUAUGAAAACAGCAGAAGUUUAAAAUAAUUCUUUUAAUUCUUUUGGAACACAAAUUAAAAAAAAGAUGCCUUAAUUUUCGUUUACCUGUUUUAGUGUAAUUUGCAGGCUAGAUUCUUUUAUAUGUGCUCUAUGAAAAUAUUUAAUUUUGCCAACACCUACCAUGGUCCAAUAGGGGAAUCUGUGGAUAUCUAGAUGCGAGUCAGUUUGAAAACGCUUCAGAAUACAAAAGCAUAGAACGGUUCGGAUUAUGUUUCAUAAAAUAUAGCACCAAUUUAGAGCACCGCAUCGAAUCUAUAAUAAAACACAUGCGAACUGGUACUGUAAUUAA